UCAGCCUUUCAGUUUUCACCAAGUAUUUAUGUGACGAGGUUAACGUGGUGAAAUAAUUUUAAAUUAUUGACAUGAAUAUUCUACCGAUUAAAAUAAUUCCACUGCUGGGAAUAUUGUUUUGUUACUUUCAUAAAAGUUUAUGUAGUACAGUUAGUUUAAAAGUUACUCAUGAAGUAUUCCUUGAUAUAACAAUCGAUGGAAAAGAUGUUGGAAGAAUAACCGUAGGUCUAUUUGGCGAUGAUGUCCCGAAAACGGUCAAGAAUUUUUUGACUAUUGCCACCAAAGGAAUAAAAGGACGAACUUACGCGGGAACUAGAUUCAAUCGUCUGGUCCCUAGACAUUUUAUUCAAGCUGGGGAUAUUGUAAAUAAUGAUGGAACUGGCUCCGUUAGCAUUUAUGGCGAGCACUUUCCAGAUGAAAAUUUCAAAAUAAAUCAUACCGCGCCGGGAUUUGUCAGCAUGGCUAAUUCUGGACCUAAUACAAACGGUUGUCAAUUUUUCAUUACAACUUUGGAAACACCUAUGUUUAAUCGACGUAACGUGGUAUUUGGAAAAGUUAUUAAAGGGCAAAAUAUCGUACAUUUGAUCGAAUACCAGAAAAGAAAUUAUUACAACGAAAGGCCAUUGCUUGACAUACGAAUCUCCGCCUGUGGUGAAUAUCCAGUCUCUUCGCCUUAUUAUGUAUCCGAUCAUCCAUAUACACUUUGGGCUUACUUCAGUGGUAUCGUUCCUCCGUUGUGUUUCUCUUUGGCUAUUUUGGGAACUUUUCAAUGGAUCAUGAAUCGACUGGAUGCUGCCUGUAUAUAAGCGAAAUACAAUUUAAUCGUGUGAAGAUGAAGUAUUUCAUGCUGUGAACGCCGUGUGACACCUGGAGUAAAAUUUUUAUCAUUUUAAAAGAAAUAUUGUCUGAAAAAUUGAAUUUGGAAAAAUGUAUAAGUAUCUGUAUUUGCAAGAAUAAUGUACAAUCGUUAACAACAAGUUUACAAAAAUUGAAUAUAUGUUUUCCAUAUUUAAAAA